GGCGUUUAGAUUUUUGUUAAGUUAUAUAAGUAAUAUGUAAAGGAAUAUCCUGUAUUUGUUUAUCACUGUCUUUUUAUAGAAGAGAGACUUAAGGACUCUUGUGAGCUGUUGUAAAUUGAUCAAACUUGAAGUAGGCUUAUUUUUUCCGCCCAGUUAUGAAUUCUUUACCACCUAUACGAGAAGACAGGAUCAUCCACAAGCUCCCACAGUAUUUCACAAGAGACGCUGCAAUGCAUACCAAUACAGAUUUCCAUGUUACUGUGCAAAAUGCAUGCCAGAGCUCUGACUCAGUGAGGUUCACUGUAGCCAAGGUCAUAGUUGUGGGUGAUGUCGCUGUGGGGAAAACUUGUUUGAUAAACAGGUUUUGCAAGGAUGCUUAUGAGAAAGGCUACAAAGCCACCAUCGGAGUGGACUUUGAGAUGGAGAGGUUUGAAAUCCUGGGAGUGCCUUUUAAUCUGCAGCUGUGGGAUACUGCAGGUCAGGAGAGAUUUAAAUGUGUUGCUUCCACUUACUAUAGAGGAGCUCAAGCGAUUAUAGUUGUGUUUGACUUAAGCAACUACUACUCCCUGGACCAUGCAAGGCAGUGGCUUGAAGAUGCCAUGAUAGACAACGAUCCUUCUAGUGUGCUGUUGUUCCUCGUAGGUACAAAGAAAGACUUGAGUCAUCCAGAUGUGUUGGCUGAAAUGGAGCAAGAAGCCAUCAAGUUAUCAGAGGAGAUAAGAGCUGAGUACUGGGUCGUUUCCGCUUUGUCAGGAGAAAGUGUGAGGGAAUUCUUUUUCCGGGUUGCAGCGCUGACGUUUGAGGCACGUGUAAUAGCUGAACUGGAGAGAAACAAUAAUAAACACAUGGAUGGUAUUGUUAAAAUCACAGACUGUGAUGAUAACGGAACAUCAAAGAAAAAGAAGCAUGAAAACUGCUGUAGCUAAAUCAGGAUCGAGCCAGGACUGAGACUGUGACACAGAUCCCACAGCAUGGAACACAGUCUCCAGCACUACUAAACCACAUGACCUUGUUGAGCUGGUAAUCCUGAAGCUGCAGACUGUGUGCAGAGUUUUGCUUAUUCUUUUUCCCUUAUAAGAACUCUUGCCAAGGAAAUAUCCUGAAAUAUUCCUUUCUGAAUUUCUUUCUUUCUUUCUUUCUUUUUUAACACCAUGCUAUGAACAUGCUAUAUUCAUGGCAAGAGUCAGUUUUUGUUAUUCAAUACUAAAACUAGAUAAAAUGUUUAAAAUGUACUUUUUCUCUAAAAAUGUUUAAGAUGGGUGCUGCUGUGCAGCGAAAGAAAUAUUACGUCACUCUUUUGUUAUACCAAACAAUUUUAUGAUUUGAGUACAUUUGCACUGAAGAACUAUUUUGCAAAGUGAAUAUUGCCCUUCCAUCUGCAUUUCAAUCAACAUUAUAUAAUCUAUACAUUUAUACUACAUUCAUGUCAC